GGGAGAGACGGGGGGGAGAGAGAGAGACAGAGAGAGAGAGAGAGGUGUGCGCGUGAAUCUCCUGUGCAGUGUUGGUGAGGUUUCUUGAAAUGGAUGGAACGAAAGCAGCUAUGGAGGCCACGAGCGAAGAGAAUCAGGAUGAAAGGGAGGAGAGUAAAGGUUGCUCGGACUGCUGCAUUAAAUGUCUGGGUGGCGUGCCGUACGCCUCGCUGGUGGCCACCAUCCUGUGCUUCUCAGGCGUGGCUCUGUUCUGCGGCUGUGGGCAUGUGGCACUGACGAGCACCAUGACAAUGCUGGAGAACCACUUCUCCCACAUCACAGCCGACCAUGCCACCCUCGGUGACGUUGUUCAGAUUCUGCAGUACAUCAUCUACGGCAUUGCCUCUUUCUUCUUCCUGUAUGGUAUCAUCCUGCUGGCUGAGGGCUUUUACACGACCAGCGCAGUAAAAGAGAUGCACAGCGAGUUCAAGACCACCGUGUGUGGCCGCUGCAUCAGUGCCAUGUUUGUGUUCCUGACCUACAUCCUGGGCUUGGCUUGGCUGGGCAUUUUCGGUUUUUCCGCUGUGCCAGUCUUCCUCUUCUACAACAUGUGGACCACAUGCGCUGCCAUGAAGUCUCCCAUCGCCAACCUCACCUCUGUUGACAACAUCUGUGUGGAUGUGAGGCAGUAUGGAGUCAUUCCCUGGAAUGCAGAUCCUGGGAAAGCAUGUGGGCAAACCUUGGCUGACAUUUGCAACACCAGUGAGUUCUAUUUGUCCUACCAUCUCUACAUUGUUGCAUGUGCUGGAGCUGGCGCCACUGUGAUUGCACUGGUGCACUACCUGAUGAUUUUGUCGGCUAACUGGGCGUACCUGAAGGGUGCGUGCCAGCAGACUCAUGCCUACCAAGACAUCAAGACCAAGGAUGAUGGCGAACUGCAGGACGUGCAGUCGCGCUCCAAGGAGGGCCUCAACUCAUACUCGUAAACGAGGCAGACAUCAACUUAAUUCCACAACUAAACACACACACACACAAACACACACACACAAAACAGAGCUAACUAACAUGGCCUAGUAGUGUGCUAUAGCAACAGUGUGUUAUAGAGCAGUUAUGACCAGGAUACGGCAUCAGUUAUCGGUUUUUCAUGACAGUCAUAAGACGUGUUUUACUCCAUGUUGGUAAGAUGGUAUGGAAAUGCAUGCAUGAUAUUCAGGAUUGUAAUUAUUUCUGUGCUUUUUGUUAAUGACUAAUGGCUAAAACUGAAAGUGAAAAUCCCAGGUUACAACUGUUGACACUGUUGACGUAACACGCAACCUCACAGCACUUACUGUCUGCACUAACAUGCUACAGACAUUUUGCAGGAACUGAAUGAACGUGUAUGAAUGUUGUUGUUUUUUUAAUACUUAAUAACGUAUGCCUGGUUUAAUAUGAAACUUCUCUGAUCUCUUUCUCUCUCGCUCUUGGUUAAUGGUUUCCUAAACCGCUUUUUUUACUACUAACUUUUUUUUUGUUGUUCUUUUUCCUUUUUUAUACUGGUACUUGAUACCAUGGAUAUAAAAAUGGUAGAUGCCGCGUUAGCAAUUGCUGCUAGACAUGGCGGAACGGUUGUUGAAAGGUCCAGGUUUACUCACAUGAAGGGUCAAACUAAUUAUAUGAAACUGCCAGCAAAACACUCAUACAGGUUGUUGUAGGUUGGACAGAAAUUAUCAUGAACAAAACUAAGUCCUGCCGGUCUUGAGCAAAUAUUUUACUAAAUAACUACAGUUGUUAAAAUGGAUAGUAAUAAUGAGCUAAUAAUAAUUCCACCCAUCCAUCCAUUAUCCGUAACCGCUUAUCCUGUGCAGGGUCGUGGGCAAGCUAGAGCCUAUCCCAGAUGACUAUGGGCGAGAGGUGGGGGACACCCUGGACAAGUUACCAGAUCAUUGCAGGCUAAUAAUAAUUAUAAAUCAAAAUUUAUUUGUUAAUUAACAACAUAAAUGGGGCGGCACAGUGGUGUAGUGGUUAGCGCUGUCGCCUCACAGCAAGAAGGUCCGGGUUCGAGCCCCGUGGCCGGCGAGGGCCUUUCUGUGCGGAGUUUGCAUGUUCUCCUCGUGUCCGUGUGGGUUUCGUCCGGGUGCUCCGGUUUCCCCCACAGUCCAAAGACAUGCAGGUUAGGUUAACUGGUGACUCUAAAUUGACCGUAGGUGUGAAUGGUUGUCUGUGUCUAUGUGUCAGCCCUGUGAUGACCUGGUGACUUGUCCAGGGUGUACCCCGCCUUUCGCCCGUAGUCAGCUGGGAUAGGCUCCAGCUUGCCUGCAACCCUGUGGAACAGGAUAAAGCAGCUAGAGGUAAUGAGAUGAGAUGAGACAACAUAAAUAUCAUCGAUAAGAUAUUUUAAACUAAAGUAAAUUAGAAAUACAUUAAAACACAAUGUACAAUGAUGGGGAAAAAAACCCACCUACAUCAAUAUGAUAUUCUUGGACUUUAAUAAGUUUUAAAUCAGCAUAUUUUAACCUUGAGCUGCCUUCUAAAUAUACAGUACUGUGCAGAAGUCUGAGGCACAUGUAAAGAAAUGCUGUCGACCAAAAAUGGCUUAAAAAAUAAUGAAAUGAAAUGUUUCAACAUUAAAAAAUGCUAUAAACAGCAGUAAACCAUAAUAAAUGAAACAAAAUCAAUAUUUGGUGUGAGACGACCCUUUGCUUUAAAAAAAAUAGUAGUCUCAGGUACAAUGAGUGCAGUUUUAUAAAGAAAUGAGCUGUAGGUUUUACUUACAGAACCAGCCACAGUUCUUCUGGACACUUUGACUGUCAUACUCGCUUCUUAAUUUUGCACCAAAACCCAGUAGCCUUCGUUAUGUUUUCUUUUUUAAUUUGAAAAGUGCUCUCUUAUGUAAUAUGCUGCUCAGAUACAAACAUUUUUUUCCCUGUAACAUUUAAUUCUGUGCUGGAAAACGAACGUUUGGACUCGAAAAUGUUUUUGUACUGACACGAUAAUGUAGAAGUCAUAAAAUAGAAUAUAAGAAAGUUUGUAUGGAAAAAAAUAGGGCGCCUAAGACUUUUGCACAGUACUGUAUGUCUUUAUUGGGCCACAUCACCUUUGAUGUCUUGUAUAUGAUUGCAAAAGUUGGAUUUUCUUACAUACAACCCAUUUCUGGUGCAAAUGACAACAGUGUCUUAUAUUAUUAUUUUUUUAUUUUUUUAUUUUUUAAUUUCCAGACAAUACAAAACCACUGUUUUACACAGCCCAUUUUUCUGAAUUGUACAACAUAUCAACAUUACAAAUUUUUUUAAAUCAUGUGAUGUCCAAAACUUGAGUCAAAUCAAUGAACUAAAUCUGAAAAGAUUGAAAAUGGUAGUAUUGCUUUUAUGUCUAGCUCAGCAUUUAACGUGAGGCAUUUAGCGUUUUUAUAUCUAUGUUUGAUAUGUUGCACUAUUCUGAAAUGAAAUACUCAUAUAUUUAUUCACUCUAAGAAUUUCUCUCUUUCAAGGGAAAACUGUGAUUCCUGAGAAAAUGAAAUUAGUAUUAAUUAGGACCUAAGUAUCAAUUAUCAGUAACAAGCAAAGGCAGGAACAAUGAUGCCGAAAAUAAUUCUUAAAGUACAGACAGUUGGGUUUAAAUAUUGGAAUCAUAAUGAAUUGUGAAUAUUACAUUUAACCUAAAGUUAAUAAUGAGAGAAGUCUACGAAUUGAAAUCAAAAUAUAAAACAAUUAAUGGAAAAAGUAAAGAAAAUCAGCAAUUAGAUGAAAUUAUUAUUAUUAUUAUUAUUAUUAUUAUUAUUAUUAUUCAAACUAAGAUCAACAGAAGAAUGAAAACGAAUACCAUAAUCAAACAGGUUGGCUAAAGCACUGCAUAUGGUAAAUAAAUAAAAAACCUCCAGGUGGUUGCUUUUUGCUCACAUUCUCCACAACUGUAAAUGUUCAUCCAGGCGUGAAGAUCACAUUCCCCUGCAACGACCCGCACAGAAAUGAUUAAAUAUUAAAAAUCAUGUGACAUCAUGUGACAUUUCUGGUAAAGUGUGAGACCAACGUGUGUAAAAUGUCUCAUAGUGAUAGUGAAAAACAAAAAAACCCCAAAAGAAUUUCACUUGUUGGACCUCCCGCCGUUUCCCACGAGAAUAUUUCACUUUUAUAAAUAUGCUUUUGAUGUUUUUUUUGCUCUAUUCUUGUGAAACUAUUCAUGGCUUAAUAUUUACCAAGUUUUGUGAUUCGAUCAGUGAUUCCUUUUAUUAUGUGCAUAUAAACGUCAUCCCAAAAACUGCCAUGUACGAGUACAGAAUUUUCCAUCAUUUUCUGGUAUUUUAUAAUUGAGCCUUGCUUUCA